GUGAGGUGCAGUCAGCACUCCGCGCGUAGAGUCGCGUGCGGGUACGUCCUAUAGUCCUAUUGAUAAGCGUGAAUUGAUAACAUUGAAUUCUUUAUCAAACUGGAACUGUCAACGUUACAAGAUGGCGGGAACGAAGUUAAUUGGUUCAACGUCGAGAUUGCUUCUGCUGAGUUUUCCUACUUUCAUCAUGCUCAGUGCUGCCGUUGUAACUGAAGAGACGAGAACAUGCUACUGGUGCGGUCCAUUGGCGGAGCAAGUGCAUCGAAGCCGCCGGGCCCCCGCCUGCGAAGUACCGGGAAACUACGUGACAUCCUGCGAGCCGGGCCUACCCUACUGCGCAGUCGUCGCUACUUCACCUCCGUACGUGGAAUCCAGACUCUGUGUAAAGCUCUACCAAGACGAAUGCUACCCUCUGUUUUGCAAUACAACUAAAACUUGGAAAAUGACGUGUCCAUGUCGAGGGGAUUUGUGCAACGGCCCUAAUACAGAUCGGGAAAUCGAAGCAUUCGAGAUCCUGACCAAAUUAGCAGCAAAAACACGAACUACGCGCAUUAAAAAAAGAACAGAAAUAAACACAGUGAAAUUCAUUCCCUCGGGUGAUGAAAAAACUGUAAUCAUCACCAACAUAUCUGCCCUCGAGAGCAAUGAACUUAAUAAUGUAGAUACUGGUGUGACAGAUGAUAAAGUAACACAUAUAAUGUUGUCCGAUGAACCGAUCGUAAAUAUCCAAGAAUUGAAGGAUGAUAAUAUUAUGUUAACGAAUAUAACAUCGACUAAUGAUGGUACGGAUGAAAUAACCACAGAAACAAUGGUAGAAAUAACAGAAACAAUAUCAGGAGUAGAAAUGAUUACUUCAGAGCCUGAAGUAAAGGCGGCUCCCGAGGUAAAACAAAUUGAAAAGCGUAUGGAUGACGUAGCAAAACCAAGUGAACCACUACCAACAGCAGAAGCUUUACAACAAAAUGCAAGUCCCAUUGUAGGUAAUGAACAAACCACAACGCCCACUUCAAGUAUUGAAACAACUUUUGUAACCACCAAUGAUGAUGAUAACGAAAUAACCACUGAGAAAACUCUAACACCAAAGAACAACUCUAACACAAUUAACAGAAACGUCUUCGAUGUACUUGUAUGUUUAAAUGUGAUUAGCUUGAUAGCAUAUACUUUUAAAUACACAUAAUUCUUAUCAAACAGCUAUAACGUUGUACACGAAACAUUGAUCUCUGUUUAACUUUUACACUUGAAUAUGAAAGUCAUUAUUUGUAGAAUUGUGAUACUCACGUGAUAUUAGAUUACUUAUUUCUUUAUUAUUGUCACACUGUACUAUAUUUAUAAGAUCAAG